AUGGACUCUCUCAUAGCAGACAUACACUUAGCCGAGGCCACACACAAACAAGACCCCACGAAUGAUAACUUCCAGAAGCUAACAGCCCUACGCAUAGAGUUAAGAUCGCUACUAACCGCAAAGGCAUAUAGAUCCACUCAACUGACAAGGAGCACCUUUUAUGCUCAUGGUAACAAGAGUGGGAAACUACUAGCUAGAGCUUUGAAAGCCAAACGGCAGAGAUCGUUCAUAGACAAAAUAUCAGAUGACACAG